GUGAGUUUGUUUACGGUAUUAAACACAUUUAUUAUUCUUUAUACUGACUUAUUUUUUCGAGUAAAAGCCGUUUGUGGUGUAAGAAGAUGCAGAGAAGUAGAAGAUCGAGAAUUCGGAGCUUGCAAGUGUUUGACACCGAGUUGAAUGCCGACACCGUGGAAUGGUGUCCUGUCUCCCCCCACCAUAGCAUCCUAGCCUGCGGGACAUAUCAGCUACAAACACAAAAAGAAGAAGAGGAUGUCCCUCCAAGGCGAACGGGUCGUUUGUAUCUUUUCAAAUAUCAAACGGAAGCUUUGAGUCCUCUCACGGAGCUACAGAGAAUCGACACGCCCGCCAUUCUUGAUAUGAAAUGGUGUCAUGUGCCCGUGUCAGGAAAGGUGGUGCUCGGACUGGCAACAUCCACCGGCGAACUCCAACUACACGCUCUCUCUGACAGCCAGGAAGGCGGCAGCUGUCUGCAGACACUCAGCAGCAUGGAGGUGGGAGCAGAGCGGCUGAUACUGUCAUUGGAUUGGUCCACUGGGAGAAUGGACAGCAGCAGUGACAUACGGAUGGUGUGCAGCGACUCUGCAGGAAGUGUUAGCGUGCUUUCCUGGGAUGAAGGUGGCCUGAAGACUUUGUCGCAGUGGAAGGCCCACGACUUCGAAGCUUGGAUCUCAGCCUUCUCCUAUUGGGACACACACUUGCUUUACUCGGGUGGUGAUGACUGCAAGUUUAAAGGCUGGGAUCUCAGGAUGGGACCCUCCAGCCCCACUUUCGUCAGUAAAAGGCAUUCGAUGGGUGUGUGCAGCAUUCACAGUAACCCACACCGAGAACACAUCCUUGCCACGGGCAGCUAUGAUGAAAAAGUCCUGUUGUGGGAUGGAAGGAAUAUGCGUCAUCCUCUCAGUGAGACUUCCCUGGGUGGGGGCGUGUGGAGGCUGAAGUGGCAUCCGACUCAGCAGCACCUCCUCCUGGCAGCAUGCAUGCACAACCACUUCCAUAUCCUUGAUUGUCAACAAGACCCCAAUGGAGGAUCUUGUCCGGUGGUAGCCUCCUACGUACUCCACAACUCCUUGGCUUAUGGAGCCGACUGGUCUCGGCUGACGCCCUCCCCUUCCCCUACACAAGCAAAAGAAACCCUCACAGAGGUGGGGGGUCAUCUAAAGAUCCAGUACGAGUCUCCCACCGCCAGUUUGGACACGUUCCUGGAGGACGACAGUGGACAAUACAUCCCAGAGGACAUUACAGCAUCAUCUACAACAGGAGACGGCCUCCACCCUGAACGGGAUGUGACUUUUCUCGUAGCCAGCUGCUCUUUCUACGAUCACGUGCUUCACCUGUGGAGGUGGGACUGGACUGCACCGGAUGCUUGCUCCUGA